AUGAUAAAGCUAACAAAAAUCAAUAAUAUCAUUGUGGAACCAAUCAAACUACCACAACCACCAAAAAAUGUAAAAGGAUCGGAAUUAUUUAAUCAAUUAAAUGCAAAUAUAUUGGUAUGUGCUCCAAAGAAUAGUGGCAAGACUGUUGUUAUUAAAAAGAUUAUAGAUGAAUGUACUAACAAACAAACAAAUGUUUUAAUCUUUUGCGCAACAGUUCACAAUGAUCAUAGUUGGUUGGAAAUUCAAAAAGAUUUGGAUAAAAGAGGAAUAACAUUUAUGACAUUUACAAGUAUUUAUGAUGACAAGGCAAAUGUGUUGGAGGCAUUUAUUCAAAGUUUGCAAGUAAAACCAAAUGAAAAUAGUAAACCAUUGAUAUUGACCAAUAAUAUUGUGGCAGAGAAAUCAUCAUCAAAAAAAGAAGUGGCACCAGAUUAUUUAAUUAUUUUUGAUGAUUUAUCAAAUGAAUUAAAAGAUCCAAGUAUUACCAAACUAAUGAAGAUUCAAAGACACUUUUCAACCAAGAUUAUUAUUAGUACCCAAUCAUGGAAAGACACCUCAUCACAUAUUCGAAAAGGUAAUUUGGAUUAUGUUUUGCUAUUUAAAAAUAUACCAACAGAAACAUUAAAAAUCAUAUAUGAUGAACUAUCACUGGCAAUUCCUUUUAAAUUAUUUACAGAGAUUUAUUCAUAUUCAACCAAAGAGAAAUUUCAUUUCCUUUACACAAGUUUGGGUGGUCAACAAGGAGAUGGAUUUGGAGAUUGGUUUAAAAAAGCAUAUGAUUUUGUCAAAGAAAACAAAUUAAUAUCGCGAGGAGCAAAGGCACUUGGUGAUGCUGGAGUUCCAUAUGCCAGCAAGAUUGGAGAUGUAGCAGAUAAAUUGGGUUAUGGAAAAAAACCAAGACGAAAAAGAACACAAGCUGGAGGAACACAAUAUGGGAUUAAUGGUGGAGCCAAGAGGAAAAGAGGGGCCAGAAAAAAAUUUGCAAGUUAUUUUAAAUGUGAAAUGCCAGGUUAUAUUCCAACACCAUUGGAUUUCUAUGAAUAUUUUACACACUGGAUUCAAUUUAAAUACAAUAUAUCUGGAGGAUCAUUUGUCUAUUCCAUGAAUCAAAUCCACAUUGUGAGAAUUGGGAAACUAGUUACACUAUGUGUGGACUCGCCUCCAACAUUUACAAUGCGAGCAACAGCUCAAGCUUCAGAAGUAUACACUGAUGUGAUUAUGCCUGAAAGAUUUAGGCCUCCCAAUCUUCAAAUGGUAACAGUUUGUACAUACCAAAAACAAACUCCAACUUUAUUUAUCCAUCCAUGUCGAAUCUGUUGCAUGUUGGAUGGUCAAUUGAUAAUCCAAAAUAGUGAUGGAAGUGGAAUACCUUGUGAUGCCAACCAAUCUUUUUCCAUUGAUCCAUUUUCGAUGAGCUAUGUUCUUUACUAA